UGAAGAUGGGAGUUUUAGGGUUUGUUCCGGAAUCGCGUAUAUUCAACAGAAAAUCAACAUUAGAAUGCUAAAAAUGUUGAUGAAAAUUAUGGUCUUGAUGGGAAUUGCCAAUAUUGCAGCAUCUUUUGUGGUUUCCUCGGUCAGAUUCCAAUCAGCUCCGAUGCGCGCGUUGAUAGAAAUUAACCGAGAACUUGCAAAACGAUCAGUCUCACAACUGAAUCAGUACGCCGGUUUUGACACUCUUGGAGGAAUGGGUCUCGGAAAGCGAAGUGAACCAGAUCAAGCAGGAGAGAAAAGAGCAUUGAGCACUUUUGAUUCACUUGGAGGAAUGGGACUCGGUAAACGAUCAUCAUCAUCUUCGAGAGUUUUUGUGUAUGACAAGCGUGCCCUCCAGCACUUUAGCUCAUUGGAUACUCUUGGUGGAAUGGGAUUCGGAAGAAAGUGAUGAUUGAAAUUAAUUUACCAGUUUAUUGUAUUGUCUCAUAAAAUUGAAUUGACCAAAUGAAGAUGCUUCUUGUUUGAA